AUGAAAACGUUGAAGUUCUUGCAAUUAAAGAACCGGAACCCUGGAGGCCGACAGACCAGACACAGCUUCGCCUUUUUUCGAACACAAGAUGAAGGUAUAUCGAAUGUACCGCCCCCACCUCCGAAACCGGAAAAAGAGAAGACAACUUUAAAGACAUACCUUUCGAAAAGAAGGAACAAACGAGAAGCUACGUCUCGCGAGGUUCGUGCCUCCGCCGUUGAACUUGUGACCAUAAAUGAGUUAAAAGAGGAAAUACAACAACGCGAGGUCACGCUGGUCGCCUUGGACAAAAGGAUUAAGAGCAUAGAGUCAGAAAGGGAACGCACCCGUGUAGAGCUGACGGACGCACAAACACAGUUAAAAGAUCGUGUUCAAGAGGUCAGUGGCCUUGAAAAGUUGCUCUCCGAACGUGACCAAACGAUAGACCAGCUGACAGAGAUGGCGAAUAAGAUAAAAAAAGAAAAGAGCUUUUUACAAAUCGAGUUCGAUAAAACGAAAUCAGAGCUCAAGGUUCGCGAGAGUGAAAUAAGGAACCUGAAUUUUUCACUACUUGAAUGUGCACAUGACCUGCAAGCAGCUAAAACCGAUCUUUCCGCAACGAUAAGUGAAAAGGACCACGCGCUCCACGAAAUACAACAGAGAUUGAGUGAGCGAGAAAAACUGGAACGAACACAAACCAAUCAGAUAGUUUCCCUUCAACAAGAACUUGAGUCAGUUCAACAGGAUCUACGUAAUGCUCAGAGCGAAUUGGAGGCUACCCGAUCAAUGUGUGACGCGGAAAUUGAAGCGGCGCAGGCAAUGUGCACGGCUGAAAUAGAAGCAACCAAAGCAAAAUGCACGGCGGAACUUGGUGUCAUAAAGGCCAAGUAUGCAGCGGAACUCCAUGUUGCCAAGGAAGAACAUGCGGAUGAACUUGAAGCCACCAAGGCUCAACUUUCAUUUGUCAAAUCACAAUUGGAUUCGACCAAGGCUCAACUUUCCUUCACGAAAUCGAAACUUGAGUGGGCUAAGGCUGACCUUUCCUCCAUAAAGUCACUGUUGGACUCGGCCAAAGCCGAACUUGCCAACACCAACAAUAAAUUCAAACGAACCACGGCAGAAUUGGAAUCUUCUAAGGAGGAAAUUGAGAAAUACGUGGAGAUGAUGGCAUACCGAGAUGGUCUCACCUCGCUAAUAAUAACAGUUUAUCAAGAAGACAUACAAGUCGAAAAGGAACGAAGCAAUGAAGAACUUGAAGAGAAACAGGAUCAAAUAAGCAAGAUGAAAACCUCCUAUGAGAAAGAGAAGAAAACCAAUGCCAAGACCAUUAAACAGCUGACAAAUCAGGUUCAAAACCUCACCAACUCACAAGUAGUGGUUAAUGAUGCAUCAUCAUACAUCACCUCAGUCCAAGAAAAGGCCAGAGCAUAUCAACUCGAGAGUGAAAACAUCAAACUACGAAAACAACUGGAACAAUCAAAGACACAUGUCGACGACGUUGAGUUGAUGAAAGAAGAGAUUGCUCGAUUACAAGCCGAGAAUAUAACGCUAAAGAUCACACCCAAAAGGAAAGAUUCAAUAAGCGAUGUGGCUAACAAAAUUCGAUCCUCAUUCGUUCCAGCAACACCACCGGAGUCACCAUGUAACUCGAGACCAUCCAGCGACGCGUUUAGCAUAGUGCAUGAAGGAAUAUUAGAAGACGCUACCGAGGGGAAUUCAAUAGUUACUAAUGGUGAUUGGGUUACGGUCAGGAAACGAGGCAGUAAAAGCAGGCGAGGUUCAAUUCGACUGCGCACAGGAAGUCGAGGUGGCCGGAAG